GGAAAAUCUAUCACUUUUCCGCCCCUCUGCGAGCGGAGGCCCAGCACCCACGCCAGAAUACUCAGGAGCAUCGAAGAUAUCCUCUGGUUCGCGAGGAUCCUGAGCAAUACUCAUCUCAUCCGCUAAGGUCAGCUGCAAACUUCCCGAACGGUUGUCAACCAGUUCCGUUCUUGACACGCCGACGAGAUGAGAGUUCAAAUCGCCAUCUUCUUCUUUCACAUAUAUGGACGAUGCGUUGGAGACGUUGCUCGUACCGCUGACUUUCCGUUGUCCAGGCACAUUCGUCCCCCCACGUCUCGAUCCCAAUGGGCUGGGGUUUGGCCGACGUUUUCGGGGCGCUACUCGUGGCCGACGAGGUGUGGGUGGUAUUGGCGAAAGUGCGGUUCGUACUGCGGCGUCUAAAGGAGAUGCAACAUGGGACAGAUGAUUCAUCGUCAUCUUCACGUUUCACGGAUGGCUUAUUUUCGGGAAUUGGUAUGAUUUUUGAG